AUGUCUCAUCUCUCAAUUAUGAAGAACCACUUCUUCUUCAGUACCAUUCAAAACAACUCUAUCAUCACCAAGAAGGUCUUAAAUAUGGAUCUGGGUACAGAAGCUGAUGGGGAUUACAAUUUUGUGCCCGACGCAGUUUUCUCGGAUAGAGUACGAAGGUUCCAGGAGUUUUUAGAUACUUUUACCAUCUAUAGAGACGCGGUAAGAUCUGUUCAACUAUACAACAGUGCAAUUGAAAAUGGGUCCGAGAAAAAAACUGGUAAUCCAGAUGUACUUUUGCAAAGGAUUACUAUCUCACUGGAUGAUUUACGUGAGUUUGAUAGGACAUUUUGGACCGGUGUGCUCAAUGCACCUGCUCAUUUCAUCCCACCUGCAGAGAAAGCUCUAACUGAGUUAGCCACAUCUAUCAAUGAUGUUCCUCAGAACCAUUCGAUUAGAGCUUCUCUUUCAGCGAAAAGACCUUGGUGUCUUUCUUUCAAAGGUUCAUUUGGUUCCCAUGCGCUUUCCCCGCGUACUUUGAACUCGCAUUUCCUCAAUAAAUUGGUCUCAUUAGAAGGUAUCGUCACUAGAACUUCUCUAGUGAGGCCCAAGAUUGUUAGGUCUGUUCAUUUUGCGGAAAAGACAGGUAGAUUUCACUACCGGGACUAUACGGAUUCCACUACAACUCUCACUACACGGAUACCUACACCUGCAAUCUAUCCGACCGAAGAUCAGGAUGGUAACAAGCUCACCACUGAGUAUGGUUAUUGUACUUAUUUGGACCAUCAGCGGAUCACUGUCCAGGAAAUGCCCGAGAUGGCACCAGCAGGUCAGUUGCCUAGGUCCGUUGAUAUCAUUUUAGAUGACGAUUUAGUCGACAAGACCAAGCCAGGUGACAGAAUCAAUGUUGUCGGUGUUUUCAAGUCACUUGGGGCAGGUGGACUUAAUCAAAGUGAUUCGAACGCAUUGAAUGGAUUUAGGACUUUGAUCAUAGGUAAUACCGUCUACCCUUUGCACGCUAGAUCCACAGGUGUCUCGGCUAGGCAAACUUUGACAGAUUUCGAUAUUAGAAACAUUAAUAAGCUUGCUAAGAGAGUGGAUAUCUUUGAUGUUUUGGCACAAUCGCUAGCGCCAUCUAUUUACGGUCACGAACACAUCAAGAGAGCUGUGCUUUUGAUGCUUAUGGGUGGUGUCGAGAAGAACUUGGAAAAUGGAUCCCAUCUGAGAGGUGAUAUCAAUAUCCUAAUGGUUGGUGAUCCCUCCACGGCUAAAUCUCAAAUGCUAAGAUUCGUCUUAAAUACAGCCUCUUUGGCAAUCGCUACGACUGGUAGAGGUUCUUCUGGUGUUGGUCUAACAGCAGCCGUGACCACGGAUAGAGAGACUGGUGAAAGAAGGUUAGAGGCAGGUGCAAUGGUAUUAGCGGACCGUGGUAUUGUUUGUAUUGAUGAAUUCGAUAAGAUGACAGAUGUCGAUAGAGUGGCUAUCCAUGAAGUCAUGGAACAACAAACGGUCACAAUCGCCAAGGCUGGUAUUCAUACAACACUAAAUGCCCGUUGUAGUGUCAUUGCCGCGGCUAACCCGGUGUUUGGUCAAUAUGAUGUCAAUAGAGACCCUCACCAAAAUAUCGCCUUGCCCGAUUCAUUACUGUCUCGUUUCGAUUUGCUAUUUGUUGUCACUGAUGACAUCAAUGAAAUAAGGGACAGAUCCAUCAGUGAACAUGUUUUAAGGACUCACAGAUAUUUGCCUCCAGGAUACUUGGAAGGUGAGCCAAUUCGCGAGUCCCUGAAUCUGUCCCUGUCGGUUGGUGCCGAUGAUGAAGAAGAGGAUAGCAUCGAGAACCCUAAGCAUAAAGGAGGCCAAGAUGGAGAUAUGGAUGAAGAGGAUUCUGUUUUUGAAAAAUUCAAUCCUUUACUUCAAGCAGGUGCAAAAUUGGCGAAGAAUAGAGGUAAUCACAAUGGUAGCGAUAUUCCUAGCAUCGUUGCAAUCCCAUUCUUAAGAAAAUAUAUUCAGUACGCCAAAGAGAGGGUUCAGCCGCAAUUGACUCAAGAGGCUAUCGAUGUCAUUGUGAAAAGUUAUGCAGAGCUGAGAAAUGACGAAAACACAAAGAAAUCACCAAUUACAGCAAGAACUUUAGAAACUUUGAUUAGAUUGGCCACGGCCCAUGCUAAGGUAAGGCUUUCAAAGACGGUAAACAGACGUGAUGCUCUCGUAGCUUCGAAUCUUCUGAGAUUCGCGUUAUUGGGUGAAGAUGUUGGAAGUGAAAUCUAUUAUGAAGAUGAGAGUGAAGAAGAAUUGCUACAAAAGGUUUCGCCCAAAAAAUCACCAAAGAAGAAGCAAAGAAUUAGGCAGAGAAAUGAUAUUGCUUCAUCUCCAACUAAGAUAACUACUCCAUCUAGGACUCCCAACUUAUCUUCCCGUGGUGGUACUCCAUCAACCAUUCGAUCUCGUAGAAAGCUCACAUUUGUUGACGAUGACGAUGACGAUGUUGAAGACGAGUCUGACCAAAGCGCCGGAAAAGUUGGGAAAGCGAUGUUACCAUUGCCUCAAAACGAGGAGGAAGACUUACAAAGAAGAUUGCAACAAGGUCUGCGGGUAUCGCCUCGUCGUCAGGAACAGGCCCCCGCGCCGGGAGGACCACUCACCGAGGUCGCAGGUACGCCAAGACUACCAAACCUUUCUACUGCUGGACAGGACGAAGGUGACCAGGAAGAAAACGACGCCUUUUUGGCCGAAUAUGAACCAGGAUCUAUCUCAACUGGUAGACUGUCUCUGAUCUCAGGGAUUAUCGCACGCUUAAUGCAGACAGAUUUAUUCGAGGAAGAGUCAUAUCCAAAAGUUGCGUUACUCGAGAGAAUUAAUGAAGAAUUAACUGAUGAGGAGAAAUUCCAAGUUCCCGAGUACUUGGCAGGUUUGCGGAUUAUGCAAGCCAGAAAUAAUCUGAUGAUUUCUGAUGAAGACGGUAAGGUAUACAAGGUAUAG